UAAGAGCAGAGACAAAAUGAGGGUACUGCUCAUCUUGAUGGGUCUGGCGUGCUUGGCGAGCGCGCAGCAUCAAGCGCUGAUCGACUACUUGGAGCGCAGGCUGCUCGCCAUCGAGGACCGCAUCUCUCUGUGGCACGAACAGGCCACCCGCUACGCCUCAGAGCUGCGGGAGCUCAAGCAGCAGAUGCUGUUCCAGCUGGAGAACCUGGACAAGGAAAAAGAGACGCUGCGGGUGAACUUGGACGGCGUGGGGACCAGAGUGGAGCGGGUGGAGCGGGAGCUGGACUAUCUAGAGACCCAGAACGGAGUGCAGCCUUGCGUGGACGUGAACGAGGAAUUGAUCGAGCAGCAGGUGACACUGGUAAAGGAGAAGCACAAGACCAAGUACGCCAAGCUCACUGACUGCAGCGACAUGAUCUCCACCAUAAAGGCCAUGAAGAUCCUAAAGCGAGUCGGCGGCUCCAAGGGCAUGUGGACCAGAGACACCGGCGGGGGCUCGGGGAAGGUCUUCAUCUUCAACGGGACGGAUACAGACACCAUCUUUGAGUUUUCCAGCGUGCAAGACUUCACACGCUCGCAGGGCCUGUCCGAGUCCCGGCAGCUGAAAGUUCCCUCUGCCUGGAGCGGGACAGGCCACGUGGUCUACAACAAUCACGCCUAUCUGGUCACGCGGGCGGACGAGGUCACCCUGCUCAAGUACGACUUGAGGAACCCGUCGGUGGUGGACAGCGUAGUGUUCCCGGUCCAGGACCACGUUCCGGUGUACGGCCUGAGCCCUGAGACCGUGGUGGACCUGGCCGUGGACGAGGAAGGCCUGUGGGUCAUCUACGCCACGCGUCAGGCUGAGAAGCACAUCUCCCUGGCCAAACUAGACGCCGUCUCCCUGGACAUCCAGCAGAUGUGGGACUCCAACUGCCCCGGGGAGAACGCGGAGGCGGCCUUCGUUAUCUGCGGGACACUUUACGUGGUCUACAACACACAGCAGGCGGGACGCUCGCGUGUCCAGUGCGUGUUUGACGUCAACGACAUGGUGAGCAGCGACGACGCUCCGCUGGUCUACUUCCCCAAACGCUACGGAGCGCACGCCAGUAUCAAGUACAACCCGCUGGAGCAGCUGCUGUACGCCUGGGAUGACGGCUACCAGAUUCUCUACAAAUUGGCCAUGAAGAAGAAACUGGAGCUUUAAGACACUAGAACCCCCAGAGAGGAAGUAGUUUUGGCCGCACCGCAUUGACAACUUUCCUUUUGUAUUCAUCUUAGUGAACUUAAACUGCUGACAACCUUCUGCCAUACAGAAGGAUUAUGAACGUGUUACAAAACCAGUGAAGUUGUCACGUUGUAUAAAUGGUAAAUAACAACAGAAUACAAUGCAAAUCAUUUUCAACUUAUAUUCAAUUGAAUAGACUGCAAAGACAAGAUAUUUAACGUUCACACUGGAAAACGUUGUUCUUUUUUGCAAAUGUUAGCUCAUUUGGAAUUUGAUGCCUGCAACAUGUUUUAAAAAAGCUGGCAAAAGUGGCAAAAAAGAAUGAGAAAGUUGAGGAAUGCUCAUCAAACACUUAUUUGGAACAUCCCACAGGUGAACAGGCUAAUUGGGAACAAGUGGGUGCCAUGAUUGGGUAUAAAAGCAGCUUCCAUGAAAUGCUCAGUCAUUCACAAACAAGGAUGGGGUGAGGGUCACCACUUUGUCAACAAAUGCGUUUAAGUCGAACAUUUCUCAACCAGCUAUUACAAGGAAUUUAGGGAUUUCACCAACUACGGUCCGUAAUAUCAAAAGGCUCAGAGAAUCUGGAGAAAUCACUGCACGUAAGCGGCAAGGCAGAAAACCAACAUUGAAUGCCCGUGGCCUUCCAUGCUGCAGGCGGUACUGCAUCAAAAAGCGACAUCAGUGUGUGAAGGAUAUCACCACAUGGGCUCAAGAAGACUUCAGAAAACCACUGUCAGUAACUACAGUUGGUUGCUACAUCUGUAAGUGCAAGUUAAAACUCUACUAUGCAAAGCCAAAGCCAUUUA